AGUCAACUGUCAAGUUUGACAUGAAGCUCGAUUAAAAGCAGUUGCCACAACGGCAGCUCUCUGCUGUUUCUCAUUGCAAUGGAUGCUUCUCUCACCUCCGCCUCUCCUUCUCAUUCUCUCUCUAGAAAUUCUCUUCCAUCCACUUCCUUCAAUGCGAAGAAUAUCACGUCAGCUGCUUCUCUCAGCUUCGCGAAUUUCGUCUUCACCAAACAAUUCUCUCUCAGAAGGCCGCUGAAUUCGCGCCUAAACUGUCCGGUCCAAGCACGAGCCUCGGAAGACGGCGGGAUUAACGCUAUCGAAGCUCAGAGUGAAGAUUUUAUCCUCGAAGACGUCCCGCACUUGACCUCUUUCCUCCCUGAUUUACCAAUGUAUACAAAUCCUUUGAAGAAAACCCAAGCUUAUGCAAUUGUGAAGAAAACAUUUGUUAGCCCCGAAGAUGUGGUGGCACUGAAGGUUGUUGUUCAGAAGGACAGUCCAAGGGGAGUACAUUUUCGGCGUGCAGGGCCCCGCGAAAAGGUGUACUUUAAGUCUGAGGAAGUUCGUGCAUGUAUCGUGACAUGUGGAGGUUUGUGUCCUGGAAUUAAUACAGUGAUACGUGAGAUAGUUUGUGGUUUGAAUAAUAUGUAUGGCGUAGAGGAAAUCCUUGGAAUUCAGGGAGGAUAUAGAGGAUUCUAUUCAAAAAAUACUGUCACGUUGACUCCAAAAUCUGUCAAUGAUAUUCAUAAGCGUGGUGGAACUUUCUUGCAAACGUCAAGGGGAGGUCACGAUACCAUUAAGAUAGUUGACAAUAUUCAGGAUAGGGGAAUAAACCAGGUUUACAUAAUUGGAGGCGAUGGUACACAAAAAGGCGCUGCAGCAAUUUAUAAGGAAGUGGAAAGGCGGGGGAUUAAGGUAGCAGUUGCUGGGAUUCCCAAGACAAUUGAUAAUGAUAUUGUUGUGAUAGACAAGUCCUUUGGGUUUGAUACUGCUGUAGAGGAGGCUCAACGAGCAAUAAGUGCUGCACAUGUGGAAGUUGAGAGCGUAGAAAAUGGAGUUGGAAUUGUGAAACUUAUGGGCCGAUACAGUGGAUUCAUCGCCAUGCAUGCAACACUGGCAAGCCGUGAUGUGGAUAUUUGCUUGAUACCAGAGUCCCCAUUCUAUUUGGAAGGACAGGGUGGGCUGUUUGAAUUUGUUGAGCAGAGGCUGAAAGAAAAUGGACAUAUGGUGAUUGUGUUGGCUGAAGGUGCAGGACAGGAAUAUGUUUCUCAGAGCUUUCAUGCAUCUGCUGAAAAAGAUGCAUCUGGGAAUAGGCUACUGUUGGAUGUUGGCCUCUGGCUAACGCAAAAGAUUAAGGAUCAUUUCACAAAUGUUCGAAAGAUGGCAAUCAAUAUGAAAUAUAUAGACCCAACAUACAUGAUUCGAGCAAUUCCCAGUAAUGCAUCAGACAACAUCUACUGCACACUUCUUGCUCACAGUGCCAUCCAUGGAGCUAUGGCAGGGUACACUGGCUUCACCGUUGGACCUGUAAACAACAGACAUGCCUAUAUUCCAAUCAGUCGAGUUACAGAGACCACAAACAUUGUGAAAUUGACAGACAGAAUGUGGGCUCGACUUCUUGCAUCUACGAAUCAACCUAGUUUCCUCAGUUGUGAGGUUGUGCGGGAAAGAUUUCCCAAUAUGAUUGAUGAUGACUUUCAUAAUUUAAAGAUUACUUCUAUAUAGAUGGAGUUUAGGGAUUCAUCGUUGCGAAUUCUCCAUGUCUCCAAUUUUCGAAGUUGUCUUUUGCCUGUUGUUGUCGUUGUUGUUGUUGUUGUUGUUGAUGAUGAUGAUUGAAGGUCCAUAGGCAGGUAAUUGAAUUGAUUGGAAAAAAGGUGAUAUAGAAUUAUGGGAGUAGAGAUGCGUUUUAGUAAAAGGUGAUAAUACAUCUGUAUUUCUCGGGCUAGCUCAUGUUAUUCUAUAAUGAUAUACUGUUACCAA